AUGCCGCGGUCGGUGGGACUGGACGCGAGUUCCCGGGAAGCGCUCCUCGAUCUGAUAUACCGCCUGUCCCGGGAGGAUAAGGACGGCGGGGACGAGGGCGGGGGCGACGCGAGGGCGGCGCGCGGGCGGGGAUCCGGUUCGGUCGAGGGUGCCGACGAGGACGAUGCCGACGCGGACCCUACGCGCGUCCGUAAGGACCGCGUGAAGGAGGCCAGACGAGCGGAAAAGGAACGAGAGAGGAAGGAAAAGGUCCUCGCUAAGGCUCUGAAGAAGGAUCGCAGGGCGUCCGCCGCCGAGGGCGCGAACAGUCGCGACGAUGGCGACGCUAAGGGUUGGGCAUCAUCGCCCCAUCCGCCGGGCUCCGAGGUGAACGUCUCGGUCACCUCCGCGCAGGGCGGCGGGGAGACCAAGGUGAUGAAGAUCAAGCGCGCCGCCGACCUCAAGGACUUUCUAUCCGCCGCCAAGAGCAAGCUGAAACUCAAGAAGAAGCCGCUGAGCGCGAGGCUGGUACCCUCGGGACGGGAGAUUCGCGACACCCUUCGACUCGAGCCGAUGGCGACGGUGUCGGUGUCCGCGGACCCGCCGACGGAGCGCGCCCGCGAACGAGACGACGACGACGAAGACGAAAAGUCGGCACCGGGGACCGGGGACGGGGAUAUUGGGGACGGGGAUACCGGGGACGAUCCGACCGAGAGGUUACGAGAGGCGGUCGCGAGCCGUUUACGAAACGCUGAACGCGACGUCGAUCGAUCGAGACUCCCGCCGGGUGGGUCUGAUGACGCGACGGCCGACGAAUCCACCCGUCUUCUCUCCCUCCUAUCCAUCGACCGGAGCGAACGAACCGCGAACGCGACGAGCCGCCAGGCGUUGCCCGCGGCGGCGGUUCGUGCCGAGAUCAUCGCCGCCUGCGUCGAUUCCGAUUCGCGCGUCUCCGUCGUCACCGGUGACACGGGCUCCGGAAAAACCACGCAGGCGCCGCAGUUCGUGUUGGAGCACUUCGUCGCCGCCGGCGAGGGGGCGCGGUGCGGGAUCGUUGUGUGCCAGCCGCGGCGCGUCGCGGCGGUUUCAAUCGCGAGGCGCGUCGCGGAGGAGCGGGGCGAACGCGUCGGGGACGUCGUGGGGUACCGAGUGCGUGGGGAGUCGAGGACGUCUAAUCGGACCCGGCUCACGUUUUGCACCACCGGGGUGUUACUUCAGAGGCUGCGUUGGGACCCCACGUUGGAGGGAAUCACGCACGUGUUCGUGGACGAGGCGCACGAGCGGACGGCGGACGCGGACUUUUUGCUGAUCCUCCUCCGGCGUCUGCUUCGAUCGGGCGCGGCGCCCGGGCUGAGGGUGACGCUGAUGUCCGCGACGGUGGACGCGGGUAGGUUCAUCGACUACUUCGCCGGUGAGCCCGGUGAGCCGACGCCUCGGUCGACGCACAUCCCGGGCCGAACCUUCCCGGUGGACGAGGUGUUCGUCGAGGAGUACCUCCCUUCUCGGCGCCGGGAUAGGGGCGGCGGCGAAAAGAACGGAAGGAACGGAAGGAACGGCGACGGGCACGAGAUUGACUACGACCUCCUCCGAGCCGCGGUGGACAAGGCGUCUCGCGACGUCCAAAGACACGGCCAAAAGCCGCUCGGAGCCGUCCUGGUGUUCCUCCCCGGCGUGCCCGAGAUAUCUCGAGCGGAACAGGCUGUGUCGGACGUGCGUGACGUGCGCGUGUUCCCGCUUCACGGCCAGCUGGCGCCCGAGGACCAGCGCGCCGCGUUCGCCCCGGCGCCGCCAAACAAAGUCAAAGUCGUCCUCGCCACAAACGCCGCGGAGACGUCGGUGACCAUCCCGGACGUCACCGUCGUCAUCGACACCGGCCGCGUGAAGCGGAUGACGUUUGAGUCGCGAACCCAGCUCGCGAGUUUGACCGAGGGGUGGUGCAGCUUGGCGAGCGCGGCGCAGCGAAGGGGUCGCGCCGGUCGCGUCCGCGCGGGCGUCUGCGUUCGACUGUACGAGAGGUGGGCGGCGGGGAAAUCUCCCAUGGCGGAUCACGACGAGCCGGAGAUGCGUACGGCUCCGCUGGACACGCUCGUGAUGCGCGCGUUGGCGAUCGCGCCGGGCGAGCACCCCGCGGCGGUGCUCGGCGAGGCGCUGGACCCGCCGGACGCCGACGCGGUGCGCGCGGCGGUGGAGAGGUUACGGGCCAUCGGCGCCGUCGUCGUCGAUCCUCGCCGGGGGAACGGGCCCGGUGACUCACCAGGGGUCUCGACGACGCCUCUGGGUUUCCACCUCUCGCUCCUGCCGGUGGAGCCCAGGGUGGGCAAGAUGCUGGUGAUGGGGUGCGUGAUGGGAUGUUUGUCUCCCGUGCUCACCGCGGCGGCUGCCAUGUCGUGCAGGCCCAUGUUCACCGCGCGCGGCGGCGACAGGGCCGACGCGUCCGCGGCAAAGCGAAGAGCCUCGAGGGGCUCGAGAUCGGACCACCUCGCGUGCGUCAACGCGUUCGACGAGUGGAUGGGCUCGAGUAACAGGCGUCGGACGUGCGCGGAUCUAAACCUGAGCCACGCCGCGAUGCAGGACGUCGCGCGAACCCGGACGCAGCUGCGUAAGAGGCUCGAGGAGGCUGGAUUUUCACCCGGCGCCCCCGCCGCGAACGCGCAAACAGACAACGACGAUUUCGUUCGAUGCGUCCUCGUCGCGGGGCUGUUCCCGAACGUCGCGCGCGUGGGGGUGGGUCCGUCGGGUCGGACUCGGGUGCUGAACAAUCGCGGCGUCGAGGUUGCGGUGCAUCCCUCGGGGGUCAACGCGGCUUUUCACCGGGACGACGUCGACGGCGACGACGGGGCGACGAGACAGGGGAGGGGUCGACGAACGUUUUCGGGAGGGGGCCCCGAGACCGGACUCUUGGUGUACCAGGAGGAGGUGACGACGAGCAAAACGUUCAUCCGGGACACCACCGCGGUGCCCGACGCGUCCGUCUUACUGUUCGGCGGUGAGCUAUGCGUGGAUCACGCGUCCGCGUCCGUCUCCGUAUCCACCGGUCGUUCCUCGGCGGUGGGCGGCGGGACGGCUUCGAGGUUUACGUUCCGCGCGCCUCCCGAGACGGGGGUGCUGUUCAAGCUGCUGAGGAAGGAGCUUACGGCGGUGCUGGCGAGCGCGGUGGGGGAUCCGAGCGGAAAUCACGGGACGUUGGAGGGGAGCGCGCGGGGAAGGAGGGUGCGGGAGGUGCUGGAGACGCUCUUCCCCGGAUCCGGUGUCUCCGCGCGAUGA